AUGAAUGGACUUAAAAAGAAUAGCGAAUACACUCCGCCAUUAUUCCUCGAUGUUGAGGACAAAACCGAGGAGGCGUUGACAAAGUUUCAAAACUUGCAGAUCUCAACUUAUCAGCUGAAGCUGAUUGCCGCACCAUCCAAUAAUAAGCGGCCCGAGUAUAUGACGUGUGAUUGUGAGGAGGAAUGGGAUGGGGAACGGGAAAUGAACUUGGCUUGUGGCGAAGAUUCCAACUGUAUAAAUAGACUCACAUCUGUUGAGUGUACUAAUCGACAUUGUUUGUGCGGAGAUGAUUGUCAAAACCAGCGGUUCCAAAAACGGCAAUAUGCUGAUGUAUCGGUAUUCCAAACUGAACUCAAGGGUUAUGGCUUGAAAGCAAAUAAGCCGAUAUCAGAAGGUCAGUUUAUAUACGAGUACAUUGGCGAAGUGAUUGAUGAAGAGACGUUUCGCCAGAAAAUGAUUGAAUAUGACAUGAAAAAGUAUAAGCAUUUUUACUUUAUGAUGUUGAAACCAGAUGCGUUUAUUGACGCCACUGAAAAAGGAUCACUUGCAAGAUUUGUUAAUCAUUCAUGUAACCCCAAUGCAUUUGUUGAUAAAUGGGUUGUUGGUGAUAAAUUGCGCAUGGGUAUAUUUGCCAAAAGACGCAUUGCCAAAGGAGAAGAAAUCACUUUUGAUUAUAAUGUAGAUAGAUACGGGGCACAAUCGCAACCGUGCUACUGUGGAGAGCCAAAUUGUAUUAAAUUUAUGGGUGGGAAGAAACAGACUGAUGCUGCGUUAUUGUUACCAGAAGGUAUUGCAGAAGCAUUGGGUGUUACCUCGAGAAUGGAGAAGGCGUGGUUGAAGGAAAACAAGCAUUUGCGAGGCGAGCAACAAGACGAUGAUUCAACGAUCAAUGAAAUGUUUGUGCAGAGUUUGGAGGUUGAACCUAUGCAAGAGUCUGAUGUAUCCAAAGUAAUGGCAGCUUUACUCAAGUCGCAACAAGAACUGAUCACCACAAAGUUGAUUUUGCGAAUGCACAUGACUGAUGAUACAGCCGUCAACUCCUUGAUGGUUAAAUUGCACGGGUACAAGACUAUGUCAGGGGUGCUUCAAGGCCUUGGAAAUGAAGAAUUGAUCAAGAUGAUUUUGGAAAUUUUGUCCAAAUGGCCAGCAAUCACAAAGAACAAGAUUUCUUCAUCGCAGAUUGAAGACGUUAUAAAGGAUAUUCAAACCAAAACAUCCAAUGAGGAGAUAAAACAGCUAGCUUCAGAUUUGUUGUCGCAAUGGUCAGUUUUGGAGAUUGCUUAUCGUAUCCCUAAAAACCAAUCUUCUGACCAAUCAUUAAUUGCUUCAUAUGGUAGGAAAUCCAGAUCACCGGAACGCGGCAGUGCAAAUGGCCCAAGUCCGGUUCAGGCGAAUGGGGUACAGCACUCGAUUAAUGCAAUUCAGCCGCAUUCAGCAACAUUACCAAAGACACCAGCAUCUGAUCCCAAUUAUGGUCUACCUGAAAAUUGGCAAGCGCAAUUCGAUCCGAGCACACAAAAUUAUUACUAUUACAACGUCCAUACGCGAGAAACCACAUGGGACAAGCCGGGAGUUUCGAUCCCUACACGGCCUAAACUUCCAACUGGACCAAGCAGCAUGGUCAAUCAACAAUUGUCUACACCAUAUCCUGGUCAGUAUCGUCAUAAUGAUCAGCCACAGCGGAACAAGAUUGAAGAGGAGAUUGCCAGGCGUGAGGAAGAGAAGGAGAGACGUGAGAGAGAGGCUAGGGCUCGUGAACAAUUAGAUACGGAGCGUAAAUUGAAGGAGUUGAUCGAGCAAGCACAAUCGGUAAAGCCAACUCCUGAACCGGAAAAGAAAAGCAAACAUAGACAUAAGCAUGAACAUAAGCAUAAACAAAAGCAUGGGCAUCGGAAGCUUGAGCAAAGAGAUGAUGAUGGUAAAAAUUCCAAAAUUGGAGACGUUGAGGCUCGCGUUGAGCCUAAGGAGUCGAGUGGUCAUCAACAUCAUAAGCACAGGAGUAAGGAGGGCAAAGAGAGCAGCAAAGAGAUUUCGAUUGAAGCUCGCUGGAAGCACGUUAUGGCCAAACAUGUGCCCAAUUUGCUCAAGUCGUAUGUUGCUGAAAUUGGCAAAGACAAUGUCAAGGGAUGUGCCAAAGAGAUUGUCAACAAGUUGGCAUCACGCGAAGCCAACAAGGGUGUGGCUCCUUCUUCAUCCAAGGACCUAGAUAAACACAAGUUGAAGAAGAUGAAGGAGUAUUCUGACACCUAUAUGGAGAAAUUUCUUGCCAAGUAUAGGAGUAAACAUCAUGGCAAGAGGAAAUUGGAUGAAAAUAAUAGUGGUGGUGAAGCCGCCAGUGUGACUUCUCGAGAGGGGGGUAAAGGUGUUGAUGCGGGCGAACAACUGGUUACUGAUGGUGAUGAAAGUAAAAGAAUCAAACUUGACCAGGCGGGGAAUGUAUAG